GUUUGCUGUGUGAUCCAGAAAAAAAAUAUAUAUAUAGAUAAUAGAACCUCAAGUAUACUCAGUAUUUUGGUUUAGUUUCUUUCUUUUUUUUUUUUCUUUUUUUUUAACAUCCAACGAACAUUUGGCUUUAGGCACUCUUUUUUAUGUUUGAAUGUAUUUGAACUGCAGACUGUACCAGUGUCACACAUGCCUUUUUAUGUACCAUUAGUCUCCCUUUAUAUUUUAACCCCUUUGAAAGGGGUAAAGGGCUUCACCCCUUUACACAUAAAAAAGGGAUAGCUGUUAAAAAAGGGUGUUGCAGCUGAAAAAGUAUAGGCCUAUUUUAAUAGAUAUAUUAUGUUUGAAUAAAUGGUAAUAUUAUGUAAAAUUAAGUAUUUGGUUUGUCAAUCUAUAUUUUUUAUUAUUUUUUAUGUAAUUAUUUUUUAUAUGAAAAAAAUUUUUUAAUUAAGACAAGAUCACAAAUACUUCAUCUCCUUUGGAUAGAAGUUGUUGGGACAAUAUUUUUUCUUGUAUACAGUCAAAAUCCAUCGAACCACACCCCUUUGGCUAUGGGAUUUGGAAUAUUCGUUCGGGGCAUGCUCCGUCUCAUAGCCAAUACAGAUCUUUCUGUAGUGGAUGCCGUCUCUCUCCUAUACUCUUGACGGAAGCUCUACUCCUAGGGAUUGGGAGAUGGGUUCUCGUGAUUGGUCAGGGGAACGUAGUCUACCACCAGCUACGUUGCUGUUUAAAAGGGGUUGUUCAGUUCUCCGUUGGCAGCCGUUGCCUUUAGGUCAUAGUAUAUCUUUUCAUCAAUCAGUGAACACAUAUUGUUGAAGUGUUGAAUAAUAUGAAUUUUAAUGGAUUUAACAGUAGGAAAAAGAAAUCUCGAGUGGCUGACAUGGUUCAAAGAGAGAUAGAGAGAGAGAAAGAAAGAGAGAGAGAGACAGAGAGAGGCAGCGAGGGUGAAUUCACCCUGGGAUUAGGAGAAUCGCGUAGACAGGAGCCGCAACACGCGCGACUAUCCCAAGGACUCCCUACAUCCUCGAGAGUCCCAUUGCAUCGAUCCUUCUCCAUCAGCCUUCUUUGCUUAUCUCGACUUGUUCCGUGAUGCUGAAGAAACCAUGAAUCGUUUCAGGCUAAGACAGCGAGCUGAGAAAAAUCGAAGAUCUUCUUUGUCUUCUUCUUCUUAUUCUUCUUCUUCUUUCUUUUAAUCUUUUUUUUCUUCUUUCUUUUGGACUUGUCUCGAAUUCGCCGAGAAAAAGAAAGGCAUGCCGAAACCCGAAUCAGAAAAGAAAAGGGAUGUCUUCGAGACUUCGAUUGUGCUACGAGUUUUACGCUACGGUCACGCAAAUGGGCUGCGGAUCGGCACGAGUUAUGGCGCGACUAAACGCUCCGCGGGCACGUCCGGAAAACAUCGACGUAUUCCCGUAGAAAAACGAUGGCCGUUAGCGGCGUACGAUGAAAGAAGGAGAAGAAGAAAUGAAGAACAAAAAGAAGAAGAGAGAAAGAGAAAAAAAGAUUUCGUGAUCGGGACGAGAAUCGACUGGAAAAUCGGACGAGAAUCUCUUCUACAUAAGUUUUCCUUGUGUUAACUAAAGAGACAGUCACGCAUUUCGAGGGGCACGUUAAUGAAGAAAUUAAUAAAGCGAAGGAUGGAUGGAGACAGAGGGAGAGAGAGAGAGGGGGGGAGCAUUGUGAAAAAAUAUAUAAAACGAAAUUAGUUAUUCUCUAUUACAGGAAACGUUCGAAAUGUUUGCAGCCGAUGUGAGUAGCAAUAAAUAUUUGUGGCUCGACUAUCGAAUGCAAUUAUUAGAUAACACGUGACUCCUCGUUAUUUUUAACUAUCUCGAUGCACGUUAUAUAACCAUUUCUCCUUUCUGUAUUAUUGAUUCAUUGCCCUGCGAUAUUAUUCGAGUCAUCACCGAGUUCGACCGAUUUUAUAUCAGUUAUCGAUUAAUCGAAUAUCCUCGUUCUUGACUCGAAAAUCGACGAGUAAUUUUAAAUUCUUACGACUUUCGAUCAACCAUAUUAUUCUAAUUCCAAGUAAGAAUCUCAAACUGUGAGCAUAGAAAUUGCUGACUCUUUCUAAGCGGUAACAGUAAGUAUGUACGAAUACAUAUAUACACGAAUAAAUAUCGUGCUUCGAAUAGGACAGAUAGUCAGCAUGACUGGCAAUCUUCACCCUUCACCAUCGACGACAUCCCGCUGACUAUUUAUCUUGUUACAUCCAAGUGAUUCGAUUCUAACAGGAGAUCAAUGACGGCCACCGACCUUCGUGGUUUUCCGGCUUCUUGUUCGCUCUAACUUGCUAACAGUGUAGGUGUUGGAAGACAUUCUGAAGGAUGCUGAUAAACUGCAGAGUGUCUCGUCAUCGCUAAUUCACAUUAGAAAAUAAAUAUUGGAAAUGUAGCAAAGAGCCAAAGUCCGACCUAUCGAAAUGGAAUUUCCUUGCUGUCAACGAUAAAUCAGAGGCGACUUUGCCGAUCGUUUAAAGGACAAUGAGCGAACCGAGAAAACCGUUUGGUAGCAUGACACAGGGUCAACGACGGCAGAGCGUCGUCGUCGUCGUCGUCGUCGUCGUCGUCGUCGUCGUCGUCGUCGUCGUCGUCGUCGUCGCGAUGGCGGUCGGUCAAGACGUAGGACGCAAGUAUUAACGAUAACUACAAAGUAGCGAAAGAAAAACGGCAAACUAACGAUAAAUCAGGGCUAUGGCAUUCCUAAGAUAGUGCUCUACCUGAAAGUCAUUACAGUGGCAAAGUAAUUCCCAACUAAGUAAGUAAAGCAAUAAAUACAUAAUGCAUCCGGCGAGUUUCCCACACGCUGCUCGACGGAGCGGCUCUCCGCGGAGAGCUACUACGGUCGCGGCCUUACAGUUCCAUGAAAUCAUGCAUCACGGCGAGCUCGCGCGACCAACUGAGAGAGAAAGAGAUAUAUAGAGAAGAGGAAGGAGAAGAGAAGAGAAGGAAAGAGAAGAGAAGAGAAGGACGCGCCGAUUUAUUUGCACGAGCGCGAUGCAAGCGCGUCGAUCGACCGAGGAGCCGAGAAUGGAUUCUUUUUUUGUCGAUUGCGAGAGUAGCACGAAAGAUGCAAACGUUGCCAUGUCGAAAGGUUCGUGGGAAAGCUCAAAAAAAUCUAUUCCUAGUGAACGAAAAAUAUUUUCUUCUUUAAAAUUUAUUAUUAGAUAUAGGAAGUAGGUACGAUACAUAUGCAUACGUUCCUACCAAACUCAUGUUCUUAUGCAUUAUGUAUCAAUUGAUAUUGUAAGAAAUCAAGAAACUCCGUCGUUUCAACCGACACGUGAGUAUUUAAUAAAACGAGAAACAUGCAGAAUUUAUUAGGAACGCGUCUGUUCUUCUAAAGGAAUUUUUCCUUCGUUACGUCCAAUCGCGUUUACCGCGAGCCGCCGUUCCUUUCAAUGAGCGUGUGAACCACGUCUGACCGUCUCCGAGGAGUUUCCACUGAAUUUCUCGUUCACGUGCGACAGCUAAAACCAACGAAUCUUAUGCGAUAAAACGAGAAAUUAAUUAUUCCAACGAUUUAACUUCUAGUUAAACGCCUUUGAAUAUUUCCUUUUCCCUUUCGAUUCGUUUACCUUUUAUCUUAAAUUUUGAUUACCCUUGCGAAUUUCGUACUUGUGCAAAGGAUAUACAUAUCUCACGAAUGAUUACCGUAUUUGAUUAAACGGGCAACGCACUGAUUUAAUAAUUAGUCUAUCUCGGUAGUCGAACGUACAAUUCACUUUUAAUUUAAUCCGCAAGGAAAGGAAACCCGUCGCAUUACGCUUUCUUCUCUCUCAACUUCUUUUUUUUUUUUUUUGCUUUUCCGCCUUGGGAAAGCCAUCGAGAUGCAGUUUUUUAAUAUAUGCGAUUAAUUAAAUUAUACGUAUAAGAAUUCGUUGACCGGCGAUAUCGGACGAUCCUAGAGAAUACGUGCUUAGAAAUAUUCAUCUUAAAUUAUCUGAUAAAUACUGUGUUCCUCUAUCUUAUAAGGCUUAUAAAUAUGCGAUACGCGAUUGUUUCAUAUUGCACCGGACAAUGUUUUCGUUGAAAUUUUUAUCUCCUCAUCGAAUCGGAGUUAGUAAUUUAUAAAACAUCGAUUGAAUAUGAUGGUAGAGAAUGUCUUCAAUGGCAAUAAUAACGAAGAUUUGAAAAUAUCCGAUGAAGAUGAUGUGAAAAUAAUAGAAACUAAUCGAGUUUGGAAAAUAUGUGAGGAUAUAAAGAUCAAGACAGAGAUAUUGGAUGAGAUCGAAGAUUUCUCAGCAAACGACGAACUCGUCGUCGUAGAAGACGUCGAGAAUCCUUUUGAGAAACGCAUAACCACUCUUACGGCCAGAGAACAGCUCGUAUGUACCAUUUGCAGAAUCGAUUUUCCGAAUGAAGAUGAAUUCAAAACUCACAUGAUCCUCCACAGUCACUGCGAACCCUUCCGAUGUGGCUUCUGCUCUAAGCGAUUUUCAAGAUCAUCGAAUUUAGAAAAUCACUUGCAGAGUCACGUUGACUUCGAUUGCAAUUAUUGUUCUCUAAAAUUCCAGGACGAAAGUACCGUACGAAUUCGCGGAAUAUAUCCGAAGGAACGGUGCUUCGAAUGCGGAAUCUAUCAAAAGAAAUGUUCGCGCGAUCGCAAAGCGAGUUACGCAAAGAAAAAGUCGUUCGAGUGCUCGAUUUGCAAGAAGAACUUCUUAAGACGCAGCGGUCUCCGAGCUCAUACCAUCGUCCACACUGCUGAUUCUCCCUACGAGUGUGAUAUCUGUCCCGCAAGAUUUAAAAGAUCCUCCGUUUUAAAGACCCACAAAUUGACGCAUACCGAUGUUAGAAGAUUCGAAUGCGAUAUUUGCAAGCAUCGUUUUCAUUUGAAAGGCGCAUUAAAGCAUCACAUACUCGCGCAUUACGGCGUAAGACCGUACAAGUGCAAGGAUUGCGGCAAGCGUUAUAGAAGAUCCUGGGGCCUAAAGGUUCACAUGUAUCGGCACACAGGAGUGAAGCGCUUCGAGUGCGAUCUCUGUAAGGAUCGUUUCAGCGUUAAGACGAAGCUGGCGAAGCACAUAUACCAACAUACGGGAGAAAAACCGUACAAAUGCGAGUUCUGUGCUCGUCAAUACGAUGAAAGAUAUCUUCUUAAGAGUCACAAAUGUCCGAUGAACUUGGAUACUCUUUCGAAAUGUAAAGUCGACGAUCAUGAUAGAUCUGCCGAGAGGAUCUUGCUCGUUUUGUAACAAUUAUAGUAUGGUUUUCUGAUGAACGAGUAAAAAAGCCUGAUAUAUCGAUAGUUUUAAUGAAGCCGAUAUUUGUGACAAAGAAACGUCCACUCCUAUGUUUCUUCCUUCCAAGAUUUACAACUCUAAGAAAAUAACGGUAUACUCUUAUCGUUUGGCUUUGUUUUUAAUAAGGUUCCCAUUAAUCAAAGACG